AUAAAGGUGUAAAACUGUUUUAAGUGUUUUUUAGGAUUGACUAUUCGCCCCAAACCUAACUUAUUUCGAGAAAAUAUCAAUGGUGUUGUGUGAAACUGUUAAAAUGUCGUAACCGGAUGCUGGUAUUGGAUGAUACUCGCCCUGUUCCGGUCAGAUUGUGGUCUCAUCGAAUAUCUGCCUGACGUUUGUUUUUCAUCGCUCUGAGUUUCGUUUUCCCGCGCUAAUCCGCCGGUCGAGGUUGAGAUACUAUGUCAUUUUCCAAAAUUAGUGGCCUAUCUUACCAUGGCUACCUUGCAUUUGAACAAGGUUUUUAAUUCUUUCGAAGAAUUUGAGCAAGCACAAGAGAAAUAUGAAAAUGAGAACUUCAUGGUGUGGGUGAGGGGCAGGUCUACUUCUGUUGAACAUGCUAAUGCGCUUUUAAGAUCUAAAGGCCGAACCGAUCUUUUCGACGAGAAAUUGAAGUACCGUUAUGUGAACUUUUCAUGCAAGUUAGGCGUUCUUCCUAAUCAAGAGAAGCGAAUCGGCACAGGAAAAGGGGACAGACCCAGACAAGAAUCGCACAAAAUUGGGUGUCCAGCAUUUCUCUACCUUAGUGCCAAGGGCAGGAACCAACUUUUCAUCAAAGAAUUUGUGCCAGAGCACAACCAUGAAUGUGACGAAAGAGUGUUUAACCAAUUACCUGAGAAACGUGACCUGACCUCUGAUGCCCAGGAGAAAGUCAAAUUACUAUUUGAAGGUGGUGUUAAACCCUCUGUUGUUAGGAAUAUCCUCAGAGGUCUUACUGGGUCAGUGACUGCCAGAGACUUGGCCAACUACCGUGCUCGAUGGAAUAAAGAAAAACAUGGAGGUCUCUCUGAAGAAGAAAGACUCGCCACCGUUCUUCAAAAUUUAAAGGAAGCUGAUGAUGGUGCUUCGAUUUUUAUUGGCACAGAUGAUGAAGAGAAUUUGAAGUAUGUCUUUUUUCAAACUUCGGGAAUGAGGAAAAAUGUUGCCCAGUAUGGCAGAGUGAUACUGCUCGACCAUUCACACAAAGUGAACAAGAACAGGAUGCCGGUCUGCGUCCUGAUGGUUAUGGAUGGGGAGGGCAAUGGGAGGGCGGCUGGUUAUGCAUUUGUAGCCAAUGAGCAGUUAGUCACAGUUGCAGAUGUAUUAUCUUCCUUUCGUCAAAGCAUUGGCGAAGAUGUGGCCAUGGGUGUGAAGACCAUAGUGAUUGACAAGGAUCCCUCAGAGAUUGGGGCCAUACAAGAAGUUUUCCCUGACGUUCACAUCCAGCUGUGCAUCUUCCAUGUCGGGAGGACUUUGAAGGAAAAGUCCUCUAAGGAGACUACUGAAGUGAAAGAAAUUGUAGAUGAACUUAAGUAUGUUCGAACAGAUGCUCGGUUUAAGGCCCUCUGCUCUCAACUGGAAAAGGCUGCGUCUGUCGACUUUUACGAGUACAUGAAAGAAAAUUGGCUAGAUUGCCCUCAAGCCUGGUCUUUCAGAGACAAGCAGCAUAGUAUCAAUUUGGGGAACACUACCACCAAUCGGGUUGAAAACCAUAAUUCGAAGAUUAAGAUGAUUCUUAAUUCUAAAUCCACGUUGGCGGAUGCUGUUGAAGGCCUUCUCAAUAUUUUUACUAAUAAAGAAGAAGAUGUGUACUUCAGAGAAACAACUGCAUCUUUUAAAGUGGCAUACCUUACAACUGCUAUUUCUGAUCCCAUUGUAAAUGCCAUGUUGAAUGACCUUACAAGAUUUGCAUCUGAUCUUCUAAUUAAUGAGCUACAGAAAGUGCCUUCAGACGAGGAGAUAGUGGAGUAUGAGGGUUCCACUUCUGAAUGUGGCUGUCCACAUUUUAUGAGCUAUGACCUCCCUUGUCGGCACAUCUUCCAGUGCAGACGAAUGCAGGGAGAGAAGCCUUAUCAUCUGGGGGAAAUCGCCCCUAUGUUUAGAAAGAAAAGGCUUUGUGAUGUUGCAAUUGCGCCUGGGUUAGUGAAGAAGAAAAUUCUUCCUGUCACUGUGCCGAAGACCUCACGUGAAAAAUAUAAUGCUGCUAAUGACACGUGCAGGCUCAUCAGCUCUCUGCUUGCUGAAUGUGGUUCAGCACAAUUUCAUGAACGCUCUUUGGUGCUCAAAGAGCUGUUCAAAUUAUGGGCAGAAGGGAAGGAGGUUGUGCUCCUGGAAAAGCCAAAAGGGGCCAGUGAGACCAGUUAUGCUCUGGAUUCUUGUGUUGUAGAAGUCUUGGAUAUGCCGUGCAAGGAUACAUCUGUCAAUCCUGGCGAGAAUACACAGCCAAAAGUGACAUCACAAGCUCAACACACUGCCCAAGAGACAGAGAUGGAGCACAUCAAAAUUUCUGACUCAACUCCUGAUGAGAAUGCUAAGCAAAAUGAGACACCACAAGCACAACACACUUCUCAAGAGACAGAGGAGAAUGGAAUCCCUGUGAUAGUGCUUGACUCUGAUGACGAACUUUGUGACACAGAAGUUAGAGAUGUUUAUAUCAAGGUCGAAGAAGAUGAUUUUGACACCCCCAAAACUCCUGCCACUCCAAGUACUGAUAUUGGUUUAGAAUUUUCUGAUUUUAUUUUAACUCAUGAUGGUGCUAGCGAGGAUGGUGGUGCCAACAGACUUUCUGAGUUGGUUCUAGCAAUGGAUAAUGAUAAUGAAAGUAGUGGUAGUAACACUAAAGAAAAGGAGGUGCCUUUGCACAGUGAUACAGCUACUCCCAGAAAACAUUUUGAGCACAUUUUGAACACUUCCUAGCUAUUAGUGCUGUAUCAUUCCACUGAUUUUUCUCUUUUUCCUUCGCAGCACAUUUUUUCGAUGAUGAUUAUGACGAUAACAGUCUAAGUCAGAUAGCUGAAGCUCUAGAAAGAAGCACACACACACAAUCCACACCAACUAAAUCAUCGGAUCAAGUUCCCAAAUCUCCAGGCACACAACCCACACCAACUAAAUCAUUGGAGCUGCCACCCCAGUCUCCAUGUGAGGAAACUCCAUUGUGUAGGUGUCGGCCACCUAAACCAUCAAGACGAUAUAUUGCGGGCCCCAACUCCAAACCAAAAUUUGUCGGUCGCCCAUAUUAUGCAUGCGAUUCUACCCCUCGCCUGUGUAAUUUUUUCAGGACUGCUAAAAUGUAUCCUG